UCGAGUGGGUUGAGGAACUGUGAUGCCUGAUCCAAGGAAAAAAAAAGGACUUUCCGGUUACAUGGUCCAUCGGGUCGAAUGAUUUGAAUACGAGCGAAUCCAGGUAAAUUUGCCUCCGUACCCAGAACGGAACCUUCGCUAAGCCUUCUUGGUGUUUGCGUCAAGCUCACCGAGGAAAAACGACAAUAUUUUAUUUAGUUGCCUGUGUUUCGAGACGCCAAAUAAACGACAUUAUCACUGGCAACCCGAAACACACUCUUCAUGCCGUUUCAUUCGUCACUUCGCGCGUCUCCGACUCUUCUCGCUAGUAUCCACUGCUAGAUGUAAAUUUUCACAGAAACCGCCUCAAAAUCUGAAGCAACGCUCGAUCCCAAAAAUGCGUUGUUCGACGGCGUUCUCCGUUUUAUGCCUAGGUGUGUUUUUGCAGGUACCAUGGGUGGCUUCAGUUUCGAUGCCGACUUCCAACUGCUACGCUUUCGACAAUUCUAGUCGCAUUGUUGAUUUCAGUGGCUGGACUGGUUAUCUUUUCGAGUAUGAUCAAAAGCAAGGUUCUGAUUUGUCCGUGCGAUUCUGCAAAGAUGUGGAGAGUAGAUCACAAACGGGAUAUGUUGAUUUUGGCCGAUUUGAUAGGUUCAACUACUUUGUUGCUGGUUCUGGUCAAUCUGACUUUGUACAAGAAUUUUAUAAUGGUGAUCUUAUGGGUUGCGAACAAAGUUACGACAAAAUGGGACGAACAGCCCAGGUAAAUAUCAUAUGUGGGAAAUGUUUGAAUGGACAAUGUAAAGGUCGUCCUGGAUGCAUAUGUAAUGUCACAAAUGAAUCAAACUGCAGAGUUUUAGUUGAUCUUGCAAUUCCAUGUGAUAAACCGGGCCCUCCAGUAUUUCAAGGCUUCACUGUUGGUUUUCAUCCAAGAUCAUGGGAACUUGUUUAUAAUGGCAUGACCCAAAUUGGUUUUGAGAAACCCCACCAUGAUUUUAGCUUUCAUACAGGGCAAACUCAGGUAGUUCUGUUUAUGACUGCAGUUGCUUCACUUUCUUCCCUGGUUCACAAGCCUAGUUUAAAGGUACUUCCAGAUAAGGGCCUAGAAGUUGGAUUGUCUGGGUCUGCUGCCAAAGGGAAGCCUCCUACAACGUUGUCACCCUCAAUGUUGAUUGUUGAUUGGAGAUGUGAGGUGGCCCGUAAUACCCCAUAUGAAGUUAAUAUCACAAUCCCUGUUGAGGGUUAUGAGCCAAUUGAAUUUGUGCUUACAAAAACAUGUGACUAUAAACAGGAUCCAGGGGGAGGUCGCACAAGAGGAUGGGCAAUAUUUGGAGUGCUAUCUUGCAUAUUUUUUGUCUCUUCAACACUCUUUUGUUGUGGAGGGUUCAUUUACAAGACAAAAGUGGAACGCCAGCGUGGAAUUGAUGCAUUGCCUGGCAUGACAAUUCUUUCUGCGUGCUUAGAGACAGUUAGUGGAGCUGGGCAAGGCUACUCACGGCCAGAAGACAUCAAUAGUGCAUUUGGCAGUGAAACCUCUUGGGAACGUCCUCCUGGUCCUUCUCAAGGUGCAGGUGCUGCAUGGAGACCAACGGAAAGAAAAUAUGGUGCCAUUUGAAUGUGUGCCGCUACUCAUUUUGCUUUGUUUUCUGACAGUCCGACACCAUGUUAUAUCUAAUUUUUGGGAAUUUCUUCUGCCAAAAUAUGUUAUUUGGAUCAACUCAUUUAGGGUGGUUUUGAAGCCUCAGUCCGAUGUAUUUAUUUGUAAUCACAAAUUCACAUCUAGAAGUAAAUAAAGGGUAGUUAUAGCAUGAAUCUAGUUGCUGAAUUCCAUUUACUGGAUUUUAUUGAAAUUGAAUUUUGAUGGGGUUCAA